AUGACUACCAAUUUUUGGCAGUUUCUCGAUCGAAUCCGAUUUCCGAAGUAUGAGUGGGAUGAAGAUGAUGACUGUUACAGUCACGAUGAAGAUAAUAGAAGAUGUUGGUUCACAUGUCCGUGGUGUGCUGGCGAUCACCAGUCGACCUCGACCAGUAGUCGUGACGAGCCACGAUCUCCUGCCACAGCGACCACAAGCGGCUGGAAUUGGAACGUCUUCGACUGGCGACAAAUUUGUUGUCUAGCCGGCUGGCGUGAAGUGAAACGAAGCGCUGAGAUGAACGGAUUGUGCUGUUGUACACCAUGCAAACCGAGAUAUCGUCGUCUGGUGGAUUCAAUCUACCCACGGGCAAUCACCGAUGGCCUCAUCUCAUCGAAUAUGCAAAAACUUAUAUUCUAUGCAAUUUCUCAUCCGGAGAAACUGGAGCGAAUAGGAGAAUACUUGGUGCUACGAAUGAGUAGAGAUCUUGGUCGAUUACGAUAUGUACAGGUUAAGAUUGCUGUGGAAGCAAUGGAUCAGCUGUUACAGUCUUGCCAUAGUUCUCCAAGUUUACCACAAUUUAGCGAGAAUCACCUGAAAAUGGUUCAGAAACUGCUGGAAUCGAACACCCCAAAAAUGGAGCAAUUAGCGACUAACUCGUUUGUCACCUUCUCAAAUAUCGAGGAGAGCAGCCCCUCCUACCACCGCCAGUACGACUUCUUCAUCUCGAAGUUCUCGCAAAUGUGUCAUGCAAGCAAUGGCGAAGAUGCGCGGAAGAUCCGAAGUGCUGGUCUUAAGGGCCUUCGAGGCGUAGUAUGGAAAUCCGUAACCGACGAUCUGCAUCCGAAUAUUUGGGAAAAACAACAUAUGGACAAGAUUGUGCCGUCAAUCCUAUUCAAUCUUCAAGAAGCAGAUCAAACUGAAGAACCGGUGAAAUCGAACAUGCUCUUCGAUGGUCCAUUCACAGAUGAUCCUAACCGCGAAGAAAGCCCGCGCACGUUAUCGGACCGUUGUCUGCGUGAGCUCAUGGGAAAGGCCUCAUUUGGUUCAUUACGUGCGGUUAUGGAGCCAGUACUAAAACACAUGGAUUUACAUGCGCACUGGAAACCGCCGCCAACCUUCGCCAUACACGUUUUCAGAGCAAUUAUCUACAGUAUCCAGAGCCAAAACAGUUAUUUUGUUAUUCAAGAGUUGAUCAACCACCUGGAUUCAAUGAGUACUGCUGAUGCUGCAAUAAGAAUAGGAAUAGCAACCGUUUUGUCGAAUAUCGUAUCCAUUGCUGGUACAAGUAUAGGUCCGCUACUGUUGUCAAUUUUCAACUCGCUGCUGAAACAUUUAAGGACUUCCGUGGAUUUCGAGCGAUCUGAGAAGUGUAAGGAUUCGGAAGCGGAAAAGAUGUACCAGGAAGCGUUGAUAAAUGCAAUGGGAGAUUUUGCAAAUGCGUUGCCGGAUUAUCAAAAGGUGGAAAUGAUGAUGUUCACAGUUGGAAACAUUCCAAACCUGGAUGAGAAACGUGUAAAACAAGGAGAUGAGUUCUUACAGCAUGUGUUAGUGAAGACUUUGUUGAAGGUGGCCACCAAGUACCGUACUGCCUACCUGGCCACGGUAUUCACAGACUCAUUUCUUCAUACUCUGAUCCAGCUAGCUCUUGUCAACGAUCCGCAAGUACGUCUAGGAACACAGCAAAUCUUUCAUACGUUGCUGGAUAGGCAUGACAACCUAUCACACUUGUCCCACCUACCAUACGUUCUCGAUGUGUCAGAUGUUCAGCUGACUGUUGAAAAGUGUUCUCGAGCUGAUCAAAUGUUUAUGCGUAAACACAUCCACGAUAUGACGCAUAUGCUUUAUCGAGCAGUGAUAUUGGUUGCCGAUAAUUCGAGCAUGCAGCAGCAUAUGGAUGCUAUACAAUGCACGAUGAGUUUGCUAUGUAUAGAAGUCGGAUUUGAUGAGACUCUAAUCGAGCUUUUCCGUUUGGCAUUCGCUCUACAAUCGUUGGCUCUCGACUCCUCCUAUCCAUUUAGUCCUGACAAAAGGAUUGCUCUUCAUAAUUUGGUCGCUAAAUAUAUGAAUCUUGCUGCUCAACUGAUGGCAAAUCCAUCACUUUGCCAGCAUGUGCAACAGGUGGUUGCGUGCCGCGCUCAACGUGGCCCUCUUGGCCUUAAUCUUCUUCAGGACGAACAAGACCAAGUUAAAAUUAUUGGAGAAAGCACAGAGGAAGUGGAACGAGUAGAACUAGACGCUCUAGCAGAAACCGAUGGAAUGUUGUUCGAUAGAAACGAUGUGGCAGAUUGUCUUAAGGCUGCUGGCAAAGAUGUUGCACGGUUAUCUCAACCGUUUACCAUAAGUGCUAGUAAGUCAGCCGAUCAAACUGAGACUGAUGAGGCCGAUGGACGAACCUCUCCAGCGUUGCCGAUGGCCGGUAUUGACGAUGUCUCAGUGGACUUAUCAGUCGACUGGACUCCCCCAGGCAGCACUCGCCAAAGCCGUCGAAACACAGUGUUUUCCACAUCUGUUUCUAAUCUGAGAAUGAACGGAAGUGGUUUACCAUUGAGCGUUGCUGCUUUGAAACAGUACGCUAAUUCACCUCCUGACAUUGCUGAAGAGGAGAGAAAGGAAAGGAUGUACACUGAACAAGUCGUGAACACAUUGCGGAAUCGUCCAUUCGAAGAGCAAGCGGACGAGUCGUUCGCUCGUCACGAACAGGGCGAUCUAUCUCGAACAGUAUCACGUCUUUUGGCCCGAAAUGCCGAGUCUGUACGCAUGGCGAAUAUUGGACGUCCGGCGAAGCCGAAAAAUAUCUUCGAGAUGAAUCUGCCGUCAGCAUUUGCAUAUUAG